AGCCUCCUCGCCAAGCUCUCCAAUCUCUUCCCUCUUCGGUCCCGCGGCCGAUCCCGGAGGCGGAAGCCAGGCCUCCCGCUUCCGCUGCACUCCGACGCCAUCCAAUCCUCUCUCUGAUCAUCUUGAUCGCUUUCAACAUAGAGAAAACAGCAGGCACUUUUGUAUAAAUAAGAGGACGAUCCUUUUGAAGAAGUGGCAAUAUAUACGGAAGGGGAUGUGGGACACAGCUUUUAUUAUGUAGGGGUGAUUGGGUUGGCCGAGCAUUACCGAAGUCACAUCUGUUUAGUAGUUGGGUUAGCAAAUCAAGUAAUUAUCAGAUUUGUUGGAUACUUGGAUCAACAAAUACAUAGAAGAUCAGGUUUAAUCAGAUUGGACUCAGAGUGGAGCCAAGUUAGAUACAAUCCAUUGGACUGCAGCAAAAGCAUCCAGAGCAAUUGUUAUACUAGAAGAUAUUAUGGAACACACCCUGUGUUGUCUGCAUAAUAUUCAGAAGAGUCUGGUAUUUUGGCAGUCCCGGGCUGAGGGAACAAGAACUCAAAAAAUAUACUUCAUGAUCUUUGAAAGAGGACCACGAGCAUUUAUUGAUGGAACAUAUGAACUGAUAAAUAGACUUGUCACUGAUGGGUCCCCAAUACAGCAUCUAUGUUGUUCUGCAUCAGAUAUGAUAUCUGAGAAGAUAGCUGUCUUAACAAGCCUACAACAUUACCUGGCCACCUUUCUUGCACAGGUACAUUUGGAGGUAAACAAAUACAGAGAAGUGUUGACAGAGGACUCCGACAAGUCAUUGCCUUCAUUACUGGUUACCAUCAAUAGCCUCUUUUUAAAACUGGAAGCUUCAGUAUGCCAUCCACGUGAAAUCUACAAGAGUGGUAAUUCAUUCUCCACAGAAAGGGGCAGCUCAUGUGCACUUCUCUUUGAAAAAAUACCUGAAAUAGACCCUGAAAGAUCACAGUGGACUGAUACCGAAAUAAGGGACGCUACCAACUUGAUUUAUGAAAAUCUUCAAAAAAUGGAUUCAUAUUUAUCUUUCAUUCUUUCCAGCUGUCAAAAACCAAGGAGAAUGACCUUAUACUGGUUGCAUUAUACCUGUGGAGCAAUUGGCCUCUCAGUAUGCUCAAUUUGGCUUUUGCAUCACAGUAGUUUGAUGAGAAGCUCUGACAUUGACAACUGGAUCCGUGAAGCAAAAGAAUCAACAGCUGGAUUUUGGAAAGAUCAUGUGGAACAACCACUUAUUUCCAUCAGAGAUGAGCUUUUCGAGACAUUCAGGAGGAGACAUAAAGGUGUGAUGGAAGUUGACGAGGUGAAGUUGACUGAAGAUUCCCUGCACAGGAUGUUGUUGGCAUUCUGUGAGCAAACAAAAGGUCAAAAGCUACCAGAGAAUAUACCGGAUCAGGAAAUGCUGGAAAUAGUCAUGGCAAGAUAUGAGAAGGAGGUGAUGCAUCCACUCCAAAAUCUUCUUAGUGGAGAGCUUGCUCGUGCUAUGCUUAUUCAGAUUCAAAAACUGAAACUGGAUCUUGAGACGGCAAUGCUUGAAUUAGAUCAGAUUCUCAAGGCAAAUGAAAUCAAUUUUGCAGUUCUUGCAGCUCUACCAGCAUUUUUCAUUUCUAUUCUUCUGAUCAUGUUAGUGCGGGCAUGGGUUCGGCAAGACAAAAGUGCAGAAGGCAGAGGAAGGAUUGCUCGCCGUCAAAGAAGGCUUUUAGUGGUUGAAGUUGAGAAAAGACUCAUGCAGUUUCAAACUUUCGUGGAUCAAGGAAUGGAGGAUGAUGCUCAAUGCAUGUUUGGAUUGGUAUUGUAUAGCCUUGAUCGUCUGUACAAGACUGUGGAAGGGCAUGCAAAGGAAACAGGCGAGUGGCUAAGCCUGAGACAGGAUAUUGUUGACAUUGGGAAGCCCGGUUUGAAAACUGCAUACAAGCUUGCUAUAACAUCGCGAAUGGAGAGGAUGUAUGAAUGCUUGCUUCCUUCCUCAAAACGCAAGUAAAUCGUUCCUUUGUUUUGUUGGUCAUCUUCCAGGAUGUUUUAUAUUUUGAAGAUCAUUUCUUUCCCCAUCUUUUCGUUUCCUUUUUUUUUUCCUUUUCUUUGUUUUUCUUUUAUUUUUUAACUCAUUAAAAAGCUUCAAUUAGGAGAAACUAUCAUUAAGCACAUGAGUUGCAUGCAGUUCUAUGCAUGAAUUUUGUAUUUCUCAUUGAUAGGAAUUUGCUUGAGGAAAAAAAAAGGUAAUCUUAAUUAAUGGGAUUUCAUCAAA